AUGCAAAACAUAGGAACACACAAAAUUGAAAACGCUGAAGACGACUUUGCCGUUUUCGAUGUCACACCAGACCCGGACGAAUUACUCAGAAAAAACAAGAAGCCUGAGGAUACUGGUUCUGUGUCUGUUAGAAAGUUAUAUAGAUAUGCAAAUUGGCUUGAUUUGGUUCUCCUUAUCACUGGUAUCCUUGGUGCAUUAGCCAGUGGCAUAUUGAGUCCAUUGAUGAUGAUAGUCAUGGGUGAUAUGAUGGAUACUUUUAACACUUCAGACAUGGCUUCAAUUGAUAUGUCACAGGUUCCAUUAGUGAAGCAGUAUGAAAUGAAUCACAUGGUUACCGAAACUAUUUCAAGCACGAUCAACGACCUUGUUCUGAAAAUGCUGUACUUUGCCAUCGGCACUACUGUGGCGACGUUCUUGAACCAGUUCUGCUUCUUUGUACUCUCUGAAAGGCAGGGUAUUAAAAUUCGAUUACUUUACUUUAGAGCACUUUUAAGACAAGACUCUGGAUGGUACGACUUCCACGAAUCUGGAGAAUUGACGUCAAGAAUAGCGUCAGACGUCCAACUGAUUCAAGACGGCAUGUCACAAAAGUUUGCGAUUUUAUUCCAAACGCUUGCCGGGUUCAUCACAGGCUACGCAAUUGGGUUUUCAAAGUGCUGGGAUUUGACUUUGGUCAUCUUGGCUGUGGCCCCACUGAUGUUUAUCACUAUUGUCAUCCUUGCAGUCUCGAUCACAAAGGCAACUUCAAAAGGACAAAACGCUACUGGUAUUGCUGGAGCUAUAGCAGAAGCUACAAUAGGCAAUAUGAGGACCGUUCAAUCCCUUGGACAAGAGAAAGAGUUCCACCAAGCGUAUGACAAACAAAUGAAGACCAUUCGAGCGUGUUAUGUGUUUAGAGCACAUAUGGUAGGUGCGGGGCUUGGAGUUAUCAUGUUUCUGAUCUUAGGUUCAUUCAGUUUAGGAGUAUGGUAUGGUACUAUGAUUAUUCGAGGCAGUGGAGGGAGUAAGAAUAUUACUGCAGGAUCUGUGAUGGUUGUCUUCAUGUCAGUGUUAAUGGCGACUAUGGGCAUUGCGGGUAUCUCUACACCACUCAACGCACUGUCAACAGCACAAGCCUCUGCGUAUAGAAUCUACCAAACGAUUGACAGAAUUCCAGACAUUGAUAGUAAAAGCUCUGCUGGAUUAAAACCAGCAACAUGUGAAGGCAAUAUUAAAUUGGAAGAUGUACAAUUCAGAUACCCGACACGACCAACUAAACAGAUCUUAGGAGGACUCGAUUUGGCGAUUAACAAAGGAGAGACAGUAGCAUUGGUAGGAGCGUCUGGGUGUGGGAAGAGUACUACAAUUCAGUUGAUUCAACGGGUCUAUGAUGUUGUAGGAGGUGCUGUGAAAUUAGAUGGGACCGAUUUGCGAGAGUUAAACUUGCGGUGGCUGAGAAACCAGAUUGGACUUGUCGGGCAAGAGCCUGUCUUGUUUGCUUGUACCAUUCGAGAGAACAUUAUGUUGGGUGCAAGAGAUGGAGAGACGCCUACAGAGGACGAAAUGAUUGAAUGUGCGAAGAUGGCGAAUGCACAUGAUUUCAUAUCUCAUUUACCGGAAGGGUAUGAUACUAUGGUAGGGGAGAGAGGUGCAGCGUUGUCUGGAGGACAAAAGCAGCGGAUUGCGAUAGCAAGAGCACUAAUUAGAAAGCCGACUAUCUUAUUACUUGAUGAAGCAACAAGUGCACUUGAUACACAAAGUGAAAAGAUUGUGCAACAAGCCCUUGAGAAGGCGUCAGAAGGAAGAACAACAGUCAUUGUCGCACAUCGACUGACUACCGUGCGACACGCCAAUCGGAUUUGUGUGUUCCAUCAAGGAGAAAUUAUCGAGAGUGGGACCCAUGAAGAAUUAAUGGAGCUUAAAGGGACGUAUUAUGGACUAGUGAAGAGACAAUCUAUGGAAGAAGAAGUCGACCAAGAGACUGUGGAACAAGAUUUAAAGAAGUUUAGAGAGCAAGAAGAGAAGGAGGCGGAGACUAUAAUGUUACACAAAGAGGAGUCUAAUUUGUUAGAGACUGCGGAUGUUGCUGAGCGACUUCAAAAGGAGUACGACGAUGAAAAGAAGAAGUUGAAACACUCGAACAAAUUUGUUAUGUUUAGAGUCUUGUGGGACAACUUUAGUCAUGAAUAUAUACUUGCAUUCUUUGGUAUUAUCGGAGGGAUUGGAGGAGGUGCAGUCUUCCCGUUCUACACAUUACAGUUCAUGGAUGUCUUGAUGGUGAUGAUGACGAUGACUCCUAACCAAGACCCAACCCCGGACCAAAGUGACACGAUUCGAACGAAGUGUCUUGCUAUUCUAGGCUUUGGAUUUGCAAUUUUGGCGGCUAUUUACUUGUACUUGGGCCUCUUCUUGGCAGCUGGAGAGAAGAUGAUAGCACGAAUGAGGUCAAGACUGUACCAAUCACUCUUAAGACAGAACAUCUCGUAUUAUGACAGAAAGGAGAACAUGGUUGGUAAGGUGACAACACGACUUGCGUCGGAUCCAACGACUUUAAAGGGGAUAGCAGGAGAAAGAAUAGGAAAUAUCGUGAACACUUUGUCCUCUGUUGGAUUUGGUAUUGGAGUUGCAUUUUACUUUGACUGGAGAAUAGCUUUAUGUGUCAUAGCAGUCACUCCAAUCUUGAUCACCGUUGUAUUCUUGAAUGGUAAAUUGAACUCACAACAGUCAUCCCCGGCUACUGAGGCAUAUGAAGAGUCCGGUAUUACAUUAGUCGAAGCUGUUGAGAGUAUUAAAACGGUUCAAUCUCUUUGCAGAGAAGACUUCUUCUUCAAGAAGUUUGAAAAGAACCUCGAGAAGCCAAGAAAGAACAUCAUGAAGUGGGGGCCGAUCUUGUCAUUCAUAGGAGCAGCAAACACUUGUGUCACUAGUUGUAUCAACUCAUAUUCUAUGUACAUCGGAACUUAUAUGAUCAAGAAGACUAGCAACUACGAAGUACCAUUCAUGCAAUUUAUUGGAGAGUUCAUGAAGAGUUUCAUUAACAUGCAGAAGUCGAUGAUGAGUGUGAUGACUGCAGCAAAUGCGUGUGGGACUUUAGGAACAAUCAUCCCAGACUUAGGGAAGGCGAUGACUGCGGCUAAAAAUACAUUUGACGUGUAUGACAGAGUACCGAGUAUAGAUGUGUAUAAUGAGAGUGGUGAUAAAUUGGAGAAUGUCAUGGGGGAGAUUGAAUUUAAGAACAUCUGCUUUAGAUACCCGACACGACCUGAGAAUGCGGUCUUGAAAGGGAUCUCAUUUAAAGUAGAGAAAGGAAAGACGGUAGCAUUGGUAGGAGCGUCUGGGUGCGGGAAGAGUACUGGAAUUCAGUUGAUCGAACGAUUCUAUGAUCCCACAUAUGGAGAGGUCUUGUUUGAUGGUCAUAACGUGAAGGAUUUGAACAUCCACUUCUUGAGAAGUCAAAUUGGACUUGUUGGGCAAGAGCCGGUCUUGUUUGCUGAGAGUGUUAUGGACAACAUUAAGAGAGGUAUUCCAGAGGGAAUAGAAGUCACAAAUGAUCAAAUUUAUGCGGCAGCUAAGAUGGCGAAUGCACACGACUUUAUUAGUGCGAUGCCAGAAGGAUAUAACACUAUGGUGGGGGAUAGAGGCGCACAGAUCUCUGGAGGUCAAAAGCAGCGGAUUGCGAUUGCAAGAGCACUUGUUAGAAACCCUAAAGUCUUGUUGUUGGAUGAAGCAACAAGUGCACUUGAUUCGGAGUCAGAGAAAAUCGUGCAAGAUGCCUUGGAUAAAGCCGCACAAGGACGUACAACAAUAGUCAUAGCACAUCGAUUAUCUACUAUUCAAGGUGCCGAUCAGAUAUGUGUCAUCAUGCGAGGAAAAGUAGCUGAGAGAGGGACACAUGAGGAGUUAUUAAAACUGAAAGGGUUUUAUUACACAUUAGCAAUGCAACAAUUUGGGUCUGUUUAA